CUACUGGAAGGAAAAAAAUUUAUUUUUUGUUUCGAUUCCAUUUUAUGGUAGAGUCAACCUAUUAAUCCACGUUGAACUCUGCUCUGAAUUAUGAAUUAUUAUGAAUGGAGCAACUAGUUGAAGUAGAGGCAAAAGGCAAAAAUUAUUGGCUUACAAACCUGGUGGGUUACCGAUUUAGUGACUUGAUACGGGCAGCAGUUUUCUUCUUGAGCUGUGCAAAGUUCAGCAAGCAUGCCUAGAAAUUGUGUUCUGGCAUAGUAAAAACUUCUCUCUCAACAGAGAAAAUCAGUGUAGCAAUUUUAAUCCACUCACAAAUUUUGCAACGUGUGUGUGUCUGAGGGGGGAAGCAAGUAAGGGAAAUCUAAGAGCCUACUACUGCAAGAUACCUAGACAAACCUACUUUCACUGGCAUGGAUAUAAAAGAAUUAUUGUUCUAUUUACUUUAUCUUUUGGCAGAAUUUAACAGCAUAGGACUAUAAUGCGUAAUUGCAGAAGCACUCAAGAUACUACUCUUAGUUAAGUUUGCCAUCACUGAGGUCCACUGAGGCUCAUUAUCCUUAACAACUACCAUCUAAUGCCCAGAGAAAUAGAGAAUUCAAAGGAUUUGACAUAAAUAUUAUGUACUGGCAUUCAUCUUGGAGAAAACACAUACUGUGAUCAUGCAUACAGUGCAGUAUUAAAUAUGGAAUAGUAUUCCUUAAAGGCAGUUGGAUUUUAUUUUUAGUGGUCUUCCGAUUUUGGUUUUCCCUGCCUAAUUUUUGUGACCUUUGUCUGGUUUUGUCCUCUGCAUGAGCAAAGAGAACAAACCUUUUUUUUUGGGGGGGGGGGUAGAAGCAUAUAGCUGCUUGCUAUUAAACUGAAUGGAUUUCAACUAGCUCAAAUAGCAAGCGGGGGAAAUAAUUUAUAUCUGGAUUGACAACUUGCAAAGAAAGUUUUCAUUUCAGUGAAUGAUGUUAAUCCCUGAGAAUUGGACUGACAAUGGAAACACUGACAGAUUUUAUCCUUAGUAUCGUUUGCUUGACACUGCUUCGUUUACUGGAUUUAGCCUUCAUGGUGAAUCCAGAAAAUAUAGACGAAAAGAACAUUGAAAAAAAACUGCUGAAACUGGAACUUUUUUCUUGUGGUUAAAACAAGCUGCCAGUUGAAAUGCAGGCUCUGUUUUCUUAGGGUGGCAGUGCUUGGAAAUCCAAUGAAAUUAUUUUUGGCCUAAACCCGUAAUAGUAGCUCUGUGGUUAUCAUUGCUUAAAGUGGUGGACCUAGAGCAAAACCAUUGUUUUAAUAGGAUAGUCCUACAAAGAAUGUAAUUUUGUACAUUCUGUGUGGCAUGAGGUUUUUCUGUUUUGUGGGAAGAGAACAGCAGCCAGCUUUUGUUCUGAAACAAUUCUCAUUGAUGAAAAUUGAAUUCCAGAACAUUGGGAACAACAACCUAUCUAUUUAUCUACUUUAUUUCAGAAAUUUGUAAACUGCACCUUCAUCCAAAAAUGGAUUUUAGGGCAGUAAAUGAUCUAUAGAUAUAAUAUGAAACAUAAAAAAUACAAUAAGAUUUAGAGGAACACAACUAUUUAAAGAAAUAUAAAAAGUACUACAGCAUAAAAUGGCUAGUCAAAUGAAAAGCAUGGCUUUCCCAGCAUUUUCAGACUGAGGAAGACUCCCCUAUAGCUUCUCCUUCACAGCCAUGCAGGAGAAAAGGCUGCAGCUGGUUAUACAACCAAAGCUGAUGAAAGGUGCUUUGGGCCACUGAAGUCACUUGAGUCUCAAGCAACAGAGGCUGUGCAUCUGCUCCUUCAAGGUGAUUGUGUGUUGGCAAUCAUCUGUCUCUGGAGACGAUGGAGGAGUGCACCUUUGGGGGGGGGGGUGAAGUCAAACUAAUCCUAUCCAAAAUAAGAAAUAAACAAACUUUAGGGACUCAAGAACCACCAACCCACAGUGCCCCUGUCUUGUCAGUCUCAGUCACUUCUUGCUGCACAGGCAAUUGUGACUAAGAUUGGGUGCAUUAUGCCAGCUGGUUCCAGUAAAGAUCUUGCUGGUGGAGCAACUUUCUGGCCAACACCCAGAUAGAUAUAAGGGACUACCCACAUCCUCCUAAGCUUAGUUUCCCAAGGGAGGAGGAGGAAGAACAUAGUAGUGCAGAAGAAUGUACAGGUGCAUAGCGUAAUGUCCAUGCUGUGCUACACUCUGAUUAUAGCAUUUCUGAUCGGCAUACGGGCAGCACCAAAAACUGAAGAUAAUGCACCACUGGGGUCUCCUGCAACAUCUGGCAUUAUGAAAACGUCUCAGCACAGAGACCCCAGCCAGCCUGUUACUGGGAAGGUAGUGAACAGCAAAUCCGGGCAAGCUGCAAGCAUCAUAGUGGAUCCAAAGGUUUUUCAGAAGAGGAGGUUCCAGUCACCUCGGGUUUUGUUCAGCACUCAGCCUCCACCUCUGUCAAGGGAUGGGCCGAGUGUGGAGUUCCUAGACAGCACAGACUCUACGAACAGGACGAUCCGAGCCAAGCGCGCAACUCACCCUGUGCACAACCUAGGAGAGUACUCUGUGUGCGACAGUAUUAGUGCGUGGGUUGCCAACAAAACCACAGCGACAGACAUUAAAGGCAAAGAGGUGACUGUGGUGGUGGACGUAAACUAUAACAACUCCCCUUACAAGCAGUACUUUUUCGAGACCAAGUGCAGAGACCCUAAGCCAGUGUCCAGUGGGUGCAGAGGCAUUGAUGCCAGGCAUUGGAAUUCCUACUGCACCACCACACACACCUUUGUCAAGGCACUGACAAUGGAUGGCAAGCAGGCAUCUUGGCGCUUCAUUCGGAUUGACACUGCCUGUGUAUGCGUAAUCAGUAGGAAAACAGAGAACCUCUGAGAUAGACCAACCCUCCAUCCUAUACCCACCUCCUCCCAGCCCCCUACCUCAGCCUGUAAAUUAUUUUAAGUUAUGAGGACUCUAUGGUAUAUUUAUAGUUUAUACAGUAAAGAAAUGAAUCCUCAUUAUUUAUUAAAAUCUUUGAAACUGA